ACUCCAUUUCGUACAAAUUACCGUGUGUAGAUCCAGAGAGAGAUCGGCUUCGGAACGGGACGGUAGAUGUAUCCACUUGGAACAUAAGAUCCUACAGAGUCUUCUAGCAUACAGCAUUGGGCUACACAUUGAUCGAAAAAAACUAUUAAUCUUCAACCAGUACUUUCAUUUCAUUAUCACAAUGGCCGAGGCUAAUGAUAGUUAUGAUGAUGAUGACUAUGAAGAAGAGGAUGAUGAUGAUGAGAUGUAUGAUGAUUAUUAUGACCAUCAAGGUAUGAUUGAUGAUCCUGUUUUCAGUGAGAUGAGAGAACCUGACCCAGAGGCUUUUGAAUAUAAAUGUGUUGACAUCGAUGGAGCAAAGAAUCUACUCAAAGAAGAAGUAGAAUUUGCUUGUCAAAAUUUGAAGGUUCAGCCUAGGGUUGCAAGAGCACUUCUUAUGGCACAUCACUGGGAUCUAAAAGAAGUCCAGAAAAGAACUGACCAGGACAUUGCCAAUAUUCUAGUUGAGACAGGCAUUCUUCCAAGAGCUGAUAAAAGUUUCACCGUGCCUCUACCUCAGGAAUUGGUGUUACCAGCCAGAACAACCUGUCCAGUUUGUACCUUUGUUAAAACAAAGGAUGAACUAAGGGCUUUAUCAUGUGGACAUUUCUUCUGUUGUGAUUGCUGGAUAGCUCAUCUCAACUUUCGCAUUACUGAUGGAACAGCAAUAGAAAUUCGUUGUAUGGCUAAUGAGUGCCACAUGAGAACACCUGAAGAGUUUGUUCUUUCCCUUCUCAAGUCUGACAUCAUGAAGAAGAAAUAUGAACAAUUUGCUUUUAGAGAUUAUAUCAAGAGUCACUGGAAAUUUCGAUUCUGUCCUGGUGCUGACUGUACUAUGGUUGUACAUGCUGAUGAGGUCAAAAGAAAGAGAGUUGAUUGUCAAAGAUGCAAAACUUCUUGGUGUUUUAAGUGCAGUGAGUCUUACCAUGCUCCUGCUGGAUGUGAGACUAUUAAGAUGUGGUUGACUAAAUGUGCUGAUGAUUCAGAAACAGCAAACUACAUCAGUGCACACACCAAAGAUUGUCCAAAGUGCAACAUCUGCAUAGAGAAAAAUGGAGGCUGUAAUCAUAUGCAAUGUUCAAGAUGUAAGCAUGAUUUCUGUUGGAUGUGCCUUCAAGAUUGGAAAUCACAUGGAAGUGAAUUCUAUGAGUGCAGUAGGUAUAAGGAGAAUCCUAAUAUUGCCAAUGAAUCAGCUAAUGUAAAAGCAAGGGAAGCUCUUAAGAAAUACCUCUUCUACUUUGAGAGAUGGGAGAAUCAUUCUAAAAGUCUUCGUCUUGAGGCUCAGACCCUGAAGAAACUAAAUGAAAGAAUUCAAGAAAAGGUAAUGAACAACAUGGGUACAUGGAUUGAUUGGCAAUACCUUCUUGAUGCAGCAUCACUUCUAGCAAAGUGUCGAUACACUCUUCAGUAUACCUACCCUUAUGCCUAUUUCCUGGAAGCUGGUCCCCGUAAGAAGCUCUUUGAAUAUCAACAAGCUCAACUUGAAGCUGAGAUUGAAAACCUGUCAUGGAAGGUAGAGAGGGCUGAGACAUACGACAGAGGAGAUUUGGAAAACCAAAUGGAUGUUGCAGAGAAAAGACGUCAAACACUACUGAAAGAUUUCCAUACUUUAUGAAGGAUAUCAAGAUUGUGCUGUAGCUCUGUAUGUACAACAAACAAAAAAUAUCCUAUAACUCUUUAUUAUUUCCUUAGUUGAGAAUGAAUACCAGGGAUUAAAGCUCAUAACUGAGAGAUUUGCCAUAUUUUAUCACAUCUUUGAAAGACUUCCCUGCUUAAGGAAUCUUCUAUUGAUUAAGAAAUCAUUUAUGAGAUGAAAAUUUGAAUCUGUAAAUGGUGUUUUGGUGUAUGUAGCAAAUAAGGGGCUUAUUUUCACUCCUUUAUUUUGGUUUGCUGAGGAUUGCUUCAUCAUAGAAUAUGGGAUUGAAUUUAUCAAGAAUAAACCAAACAUUAAAGCUGGAUGAACUUGCUAUUAUAACAUAAUUAUCAAUCAUGUACAUGUUUGACAAGUUUGGAGAUAUUUACAAUAUUGUAUCCACCCUAAUCAUCAACAUGCUUCCUCAUUGGCUGUCUGUACUACUGUGCCUCUUUAUACUAAAGAAUACCUACUAUGAUAUGCUCUGUGGUGGCUCAAGCAAUUGCUGCCUUGCCAUAUAUAAUUAUAUCAUUGUUACCAGCCACCCAUGGAGGGUUUGUUCUUAGUAAUACACCUAUUAAUGAUAAUCAUCUCAGUAUCAAGGCACUUUACUACAGCAUUCAUCAUUAUAGUGAAGAGAUGCUCAAAACGUUUGUCUUGCACUUAUCAAGAACCUAUUCUAUUCAGAUAAAAAGAGUUUGUGCAUUGAUGUAUGAUUUUAGUGAGUUUCUGAUAUAAGAUUCUGGCUCUUGGCUAGGCUUACCAUAUACUUCCAGAUGCAUGGCUAGCCUAAAGUUAUGUAGUGAUCCUUUGAGAGCAUUUGCCUUACUAAAUUCAUAUUGCUGCAUACACACUUAGUGAGGCCUCGGGGCGCUAGAGCCUAGCCUUGUCUGCCAGCCUCCCAAUGCCAUUGGCUGGCUAGCUGUGUAUGUGUAUAUUGUGGCAUGCAGUGCCUAUCACCUUUUCAACUUUUUGUCACCUUAAUUUACUGGAACUUACAUGAUCAAAGUAGUAGUCUAAUCACAAUGGGACAACUGGAGUCAGCAAAAAAGGUGUUAUCAAAGGGGUCUGCAGAGUAUGGGUCCUAACAAAUUUGAGAUUCUACAAUUUACGUUGCGAAUACUAUGCAUCACUUUUCCUGCGUAAUGAUAUCUCAAUGACGUACUGACCCAAUAGCAUAUUUACAAUUGCUAUCGUCAAUAAUGUGUGGAAUCGAUCAUCAGCCCAGUAAAAUUGAAUGUAUAAUGAUUGACCAAUCAGAUAGCAGGGAUUUUGAUACCCAUUCCAUAAUAUCGUCUGAUAGCCAAUCAGAAUUCAAAACAUUUCCUCACCAUUUCUUCAUUGUAGUAUGUGUUUUUCUUACAUAUCUUAGCUUGCUGUUCUUGCAUUUACUCUUGAUAAGUGCAAUGUAACAAAUUUUGGACAUUUCUUCAUUCAUUGUCAUUUUCAGAUUUUGUAGUAAUCAAAUAGCUUUUCAGUUCUUUUAGUCUUAAUGUAUUAUGAUUAUUAUUAUUAUUUAAUAAACUUUCAUAGAUCAAGGUGACGAAAAAUUCUUUUGAUAUUUUCUAUUGCCGUAUAACUUUAUAGGAAAGAUAAAGAAAAUAUGAAAGUUAUGGUUUACAAAAUAAAAUUGAAUAAAAGAUAUUUUCGAAACAGUGAUUACAUGUAUUUGGUGUGCAAUAUUAGAAGACUUGAAAUCUUUUACGUAGGGGUUAAUGACUGAAAAUAUGGUUUCUUGCAUCUAUUGGUUUAUUGAUAUACAAUGAAAUAAAACUAUCUGCACCAGAAAUCUCCCAAAAUAAAUGAAAAGUGCAGCCCCUAAAAAGUUCCAGUGAAAAAGUUUAGUGAAGAAAGUUCAUUAUAAAGAAUAGAUUGAUUGUGUUUGUAGGACAAUCUUUCAAGUCCUUUGGAAGCACAUAGAGACAUUAUUCAUAAUGUGAUAUGUGCUAUACAAGAACUGUAUAUUAUUAUUUUAAAAAACAUUGUAACAUUGGGAUCUAUUAUGUCACCUCUAAAUAAAUCACCCCCUUAAAGUUAAAUGUUCAUUUGUAAUUUUUCAUAUCAACCUGACACCAUAUUGAGCAUAAGUCAACAUGUAUGAUACAAGCACUUUGUAGUUUGGUUUUACAAAUAUUUUUAA